CGCAAUCCCGACCAGAAUUCUCAGUGCAUCAAAGAUGAUAUCAACGACGGAAACAGAUGAUAGAAAGGCGAUUUGGGACGACAAUGUUCAAUAUUGCUGUACAAAUGCCACUGGAGAGAUCAAUCACGAUUGGGACUUCACCAUCAUCUGCAACUCGAAACACUUCAUCGUCACAGUAUCGCCGGGUCUGCCAGAAGACCCAGUAACCUCUCUUCUCACUCAAUUCAGUAAAGCGUUUGACGAAGAUGACGAUGAGAAAAUCCAGGACGCCCAAGACGCAAUCAUGGAGCUGGUCUUCGAUGCCGGGUGGCAGACAUUCAGAGCAAUAGCACCUCCUAUUCCAGAAGGAAACGCAUGCGCUAGGACAUCUACACAGAAUCUUUACUCUGAGCUCAAUCCAGAAAAAUUCUAUCUGCGCCUCAUUGUGACCGAGGGACGUACAGAGAUAGUGCGAACGCCUCCUCCACGUCCACAACCUGAUUCCAUCCACUUGAAUCUAGGGGACAACCCGCUGAACUUGCCACGCUAUUUUUCCCGAGAUAUAUCAGUAAUGGGCAAGCUGGUGGGCUCGGGGUAUAUCGCCAGAGUGAUGAUAAAUGGACUGGACAUGUGCUGCAAGAUCGCCACAGCGCAUUCUUUUGUAGCAGUACAGCGCGAAUACGACUGCUUAAAACAGAUCUCCUUGUCGAAAAAUGAAGCCUAUUUUCCAGUGCCGAAGUUACUUGGGCUAGUUGUUGACGACGAUGGAUCAGUGAUUGGAAUAUUAGAGGAAUUCAUUGCGAACGAGGGUAGGUUGAGUGAUCUGGCUAAGAAGGACGCUGGAGUCUCUUCAGAGACAAGAGCAAAGUGGGCGAAGCAAAUCCAAGACAUUGUUGCGCUUUUACAUGAAAUUGAUGUGGUAUGGGGCGAUGGAAAGGCAGAGAAUGUGCUUAUUAGGAGUGGCACCGAUGAUUGUUUUUUGAUCGAUUUUGGAGGGAGCUACACACAUGGAUGGGUAGAUAGGGAAUUGAUGGAAAGUCGUGCUGGAGACAAUCAGGCUGUGGAGAAGAUUGUGAAAUUCUUGUCUGAAGAAGGGCGUACCUGAAGUGGUGUGGUGUGUAUCAAGCUAUGAAUGCGAAUUGGUAAGCAAAGUCAUUUGGGAAGUUGACCACUCGUCUUGAGAACGAAGGAAUCGCUUUGAAUUAGUUCGAUCUGUUGGUCGGAGACUUGAGCCGAAAUUCACAGCUGCAGGAGCUUGCAAGGUAAUCUCCAAUUUUGGAGAAAUUUAUUUCAGAGGAAAAUAAAAUACACAUUCCACGUAUGAUUACGGCUAGAGGGUCACUGACGUCCAGCUAUUAAAAUUGGGAGAAUCGUGAAACAGGACUGCGAUGUUUGAAGAAUAAGAAUGAGAAUUAUUAGUAUGACGGACAGAGAGCCUCCGGGUGGCCUAGCUCUUACAUCAUAAGUUUAAACUUCUUCCAUUCUGAG